AUGUCAGGAACAGGGUUGUCAUUAUUUGUGACCGGCCUUGUACUGAAUUGUUUGAAUUCGAUUUGUCAGAUAUACUUUACGAUAUUAUACGGCGACUUGGAAGCAGAUUAUAUCAAUUCAAUCGAGCUGUGCAAAAGGGUGAAUAGAUUGAGCAUACCAGAGGCAGUUUUACAGGGCUUUAUUUCUAUAUUGUUUCUUUUCAAUGGAUACUGGUUCGUUUUCCUCCUGAAUGUCCCUGUUCUCGCAUAUAACGCUAGUAAAGUCUAUAAAAAAACAUAUCCGCUGGAUGCUACGGAUAUUUUCAGAGCUCUGCGUAGAUGUAAGAUCGAGUGCUUUCUGAAGCUAGGUUUUUACCUUUUCCUAUUUCUCUUUUAUUUCUAUAGGAUGGUUACAGCAUUACUUGAAAAUGAUGCAAACUUGAUAGGGUAG